AUGGAUAAAUUCAAACAGCUAUGUAACAAACAGGAGGCUGAACCCAUUUUAGGACAAAUGGCUCCAUCACUGACCACUUAUGACUCCAAAGCAACUGGAAUAGGUGGUAGUAAUGUAAACUUCCCCCCACCAAACCAUCCUAACCCUUUUAUUCCACCAUUAGCACAUAUUAUCAGCGCUAUCCCUUUUCCACGUUUUAAUAUCCCUGUUGGUUCCGGAGCCCCAGCAGUAGCACCUGCCCCUGCUCCAGUUUUCAGUUCCGGAGGAGCUGGUCCAAUUGCCCCUUUCCCACGUCUCUUCUCCAGGUCAUAUGUAGCUCCAUCACUCCCAGCAAACUACCCUGGACCUUACAACCCCAAGAACCCCAUCGUUGUCCAACCAGUAAUAAUCCCUCGAGCAGAUGCCGGCACACCCAAACCAAUACUCUCCUCACUCAAAAACUCCGUUGAUGACAUGCUCGCUAAAAUGAAGAAGAACGGUGGUCGCCUUGUCCCCGAAAACUACCUCAACUCAGACGCUCUUAGUAAUUCCGAGAGUCAAGUGAAUCAGAUCAACGUCAACGUGCGGUUUGAACCCACGCCAACUCCACCCAACUUAUACUCGUUCUUCAUGCCGUGGGGAGGCAGGAAUUGGCUGUCUGCCCCAGUGCCCAAGAACCUCGAUGCGAACGGUGAUGAAGUGACUGAAAAUCCGGGCAUUAACGAAGACUCCGACGAAGACACCAACGAUAAAACACGCGACAAUGACAAUGACGAGGACGACGAAGACUUCGAAGAAGAACACCGUAUGCAAAACCAGCUGAAAGAUGCAGAUAAAAGCAAGUUUAACGCGCACGUCGUCGACAGUGUCAAGAAGAACCUGUCGGGUAAAGGUAGCCGACCCACGCAUGAAGAAAACGAAGAAUUAGACGCUGCGAAGUAUGGCAACGGUUUAAUCGUGCAGCCCAAGCAGUUUAUGCAGGAUAGCGAAGAGGAUUUACAAACUUUGGCGAAAUAAUGCCAACGGUUAACGAUUGGGCUAUUAAUUUUGAUAUUAACCGAUGCAAAUGUAUAUGAUAUCGAAAGCAAUUAAAAGUUUAUAUUCUUCGAUUACAAAUAAAAGUUAUAAAUUGUUGA